AAAUAUAUAGUCUCCUUUCAAUAUACUGUGUGAGAAAAAUUGUAUGUGACAUUAUAAAGAUAACCUGUUGUUUGCAAAAUUAAUUGGCUUUUAUAUUUUGUACUAAAGCUGGAGAAAAAAUUGAAAUAUAUUCGGUAACACUUUUAUUUUGUAUUAAGUUGGCAGCGUAUCUAUUUCCAAUCCAGUAUUAAUGUCAUUUUUGUUUCACUGAAAUUUAUUUGUUGUCUAUUGAAAGUAGAAUGAAACGUCAAAAUAAUGUCAAAUAUGGUAAAUAUAAAACAAAUUUACCCUUUGUUUUCUCUGAAAUUUUCCACGUAUCCCCUUCCAGACCACAGUUUGAAAACCCCUGUUCUAAGAUGUGUAAAACCUAAUUUUCCCUAUUGUUAAAUUUAAUAUAGAUAAACUGAGCAAGAAGCCUUGCUUUAAAAUCUGCAACAGAUUUUCUCAUUUGAAUCUAAUGUAAUCUUAACCCAACCCUUAAGUGAGUUAGCAAGCCAGACAUCUCAGGAGGCCUGUUGCAAUAACCCUAUAAAAUAAAUGGAAAAAUAUUAGUAAAUCCCAGUGGCAAUCUUGACACAAAAGCAGGGAAAAAAUGGAAUAGCUAUUUGAACUAUUUAAAACAAGUCUCAUCGUUCUCUAAUAAAAUAACAGAUUAUAAGAUUGAUGGCUGUCAGCUCAUCAUUCAGCUUCCAAAUUGGCCAAAACAUUGAAGGGCGUGGCAAAGAAACGGCAGCACUUAAGGAAAGUGGGUGUGUCUUGUGGAGGCGACCGCUCCCUCCCUACCUAUAAAGCUCUAACCUAGUUCUUGCGCCAUUCCUCGCCUCUCACACCACCAAUCAUGGAUUAGCCUGCUCCAUCUUAAUCUCGUAAAUUGUUACAUUUGUUUAGAUUACCUUGUGCAUCACUGCUGUAUGGUUGGCCUCAUCUCUAACGACAUCCUGAGCUCUUUGCCUGCCCUCCCUCUUCUUGUAUAUACUUAUUACUAAAACCACCGUCUCUUUUGUACAAAAAGCUGCAUGUUGGUUAAUGGUUUUGGUUUCACCUUCAUUUUUUUUAUUUUUUAUAAUGGCCUUUUAUUUGUGGUGCGUGUGUGUAGAUACUAAUAUUUUCCCAGUGCAUUUAAUUUUUGCAUUACAUUUUAUUUUUCUUUAUGAUUGGAUCAGAUUAUAGCUGUUUCUAUUUUUGUCAUAUUGCUUUUGAUUUGCUUGAAUUUUUUUUUGUGGAUAUUUUUGCAUCUAAUUUCUUUCGUUCAAUACCCUCUCUUUUUUUUAAUUUUUUUAAAAGAAGUAUUUAAAUGCACAUACAUUCUCCCACACACUCACACACUUGCAGAUUGGGCCUCUCGAUGGUAACCUGAGGCCUCCCUCUCUCUCCAUCUUUCUUUUUGUCUAUCUGUGAAUCUAUCUACCUCUCUUGCCCCUCGAUCUCCUGUCGCUCUCGUUAAAGCUACAUACUCUGUUUUCGUGGUGGCUCUGUUGUCAUGGGGAUGAACUCACAAAAAGCUUGUGAAAGUUUUUGGUUUUAUGUAUAUGCAAGCUCUCUAUGUCUGUGCUGUUCUUUCCUCUUUGUUUAAUCUUAGUUGUUUAUGUAUUAAUGUUUCUCCCUGAAGCAGUUUAUAUAUGUAUUUAUGUGUCAUGAUACGUAUAUAACCGUACAUUCCUCCCUCCCUUCUCUUGAGACUGAAAGUGAAUUUGUAGACUCGGAGGAUAACAUUGGGCACCGACUUCUUCAGAAACAUGGCUGGAAGUUGGGACAAGGCCUGGGCAAAACUAUGCAGGGACGAACUGACCCUGUGCCCAUCGUUCUCAAAUAUGACGUCAUGGGAAUGGGGCGCAUGGAGAUGGAGCUGGAUUAUGCAGAAGAUGCCACAGAGAAGCGUCGGGCACUGGAGAUAGAAAAAGAAGACACAGAGGAACUGCGUCAAAAAUACAAGGAUUAUGCGGAAAAGGAGAAAGCCAUAGCCAAAGCUCUGGAGGACCUGAGGGCCAACUUCUACUGUGAGCUGUGUGACAAGCAAUAUCAGAAACAUCAGGAGUUUGACAAUCACAUAAACUCAUAUGACCAUGCACACAAACAGAGACUGAAAGAGCUGAAGCAGAGAGAGUUUGCUCGGAAUGUGUCUUCUCGUUCGAGAAAGGAUGGCAAGAAACAGGAGAAGAUGCUGCGGCGUCUCCAUGAACUGGCAGAACAAAGGAAGCAGCAAGAGCGUGUCCCUGGUAGUGGCCCUAUGUUUAAACCCACUACAGUGGCAGUAGAUGGUGAGAAGGGAGAAGACUCCAUGGAUGGUGUGCCUAUGACCAUAGAUUCCAACACAGAACCUAUUGAAGAUAAGGGAGUCUGUAGUGUUGGUGAUCAAGGCUCCCCAAGAACAACCCCUACCAUCAGCUUUGGCUUCAAUAAAACUAGCUCUUCCCCAACGCCCUCUGGAGGCUCACAGGCUCCCAAAGUUAGUGUCUCCUUCUCCUUAGCUAAAAAAGCCCCUGUCAAACUUGAGACAGCUGCAGCUGUCUUUGCAGACACUGGUGAAGAAGCAAUGGAGGGAGAAGAAGGUCAGGAAGAGGGAGGAGAAAAGACAGGAGGAGAGGAAGGAGCUGUGGAAUCUAACACCGAUAGCCCACAAGGUGCAGCAGGUGGUGAGGAUGAACAGUCACAACCAGAUGAUGGAGGAGCCCUGGCCUCCACUUUGAAUAAGCUGAAGAUGAUGAUGAAAAAGGAGGAAGGUUACUCUGGACAGGAGCCACAGUAUUACCAUUAUGUACCUCCUACACACUGUCGGGUCAAGCCUCAUUUCAAGUUUCUGCUUUUCAUGAAGGCCUCAGACCAGUGUGCCAGUAAAGAGGAAGAGGAUGGAGAAGAAGAUGAAAAAGCAGAAGCAGGUGAAGAUGGAGAGCAAAUAAAGCUAAAUGUCAGCAGCAAAUCUGAAAAAGAGACAGUGAACGAACCUACACAAGUGCAAAACACAACUCCUCCUACAUCAACCAAAAUGAAGACAGAGGAAGAAUCAUGUGGUAGUACCUCAGCGGGGCAAAGUAAUACAACAAAUUUAGAAAUCUCUUCCCAACCAGCUGAUACCAAGCAAGGAAUGUCUGAGCCUCCAGACACAGGUCCCCGCAUGCCAACUGGACCUUUUUUUCCUGUGCUUAGUAAGGAUGAAAGCACCACCUUGCAAUGGCCUUCUGAAUUGCUGGAGUUCACUAAGGCUCAGCCAUCCCUCUCCUACAGUUGUAAUCCUCUCUACUUUGACUUCAAGCUGUCUAGAAACAAAGGAAACUGGGCAGGGAAAAAUAGCAAAUCUGCCAAUCCAGCUAGCACUGAUGGAGGAGAGGGAUCCAAGUCUGGCAACAUGGAUACUACUCCUGAUGGAGUAGAGGGAUCCAAGUCUGGCAACAUGGAUACUACUCCUGUCACUAGUGGAGAGACCUGCACUGCCACAAUGGUAGCAGGACCAAGUACUGAUCAAAAGGAACAUUCAUCCUUAAAAGAGGGGGGUGCUGAUAAUGAGAACAAAGAGCAGAAAUUACAAAGUAGUGCAGAUGUGUCUGCAGGGACUAAGAAAAAGAAAAAGAAGAAGAAACAUAAGAAAUCAAGCAAGCGUUCCAAACGCAGCAAAAAAGCAGCAGUGGACGGGGAGCUAGAGAAUGAGACGUCAGAUGAUAAAACUAAAAAGAAAAAAAAACAUAAAAGAAAAAAAAGCAAAAAUAAACCAUGUGAUGCUGAGGAAAAUGAAGAGGGAGGUGACAGCAAGGAAAAAGAUAAGGAAAAAGAGAAACACAAGGGGGGAAAAGAUGGAGUGUCCUCUGCCCAGUCAUCUGGAGUAACUGUGUCCCAUGAUGGAGGAAAGAGAAAACGGUCCCACACGAUGUCACAGUGGUCUGGAGUUAAGGAAAGCAGUGAAGGAAAGCCCAGCUCUGCAGAGGAGCACAAUGGUACUAAAAUCCUUAAAUCUGACCCCAAUGCACCCGCAGCCUCUUGCUCUGCCUCAGCCCAGAAAAGCUUAAGUGGAGGUCGACCUCCCAGCAGUGACAGUGAAGAGGAUGGAGGAUCAUCCUCUCAACAUUCCCGACCAGCUCGCCGUCGCUCCACACCAAAACGUGAGCACCACAGACACUGCAGUGAUGAUUCAGGACAAUCAGGACGUUCACGUAGUAGAUCGUCUCAUGGAGGUGACCGUAACCAUAGACGCCACAGAGGUCAGAAGUCAUGCAGUCGAUCUUACUCAAGUAGCUCUGAGCGUUCCUCUGCAGGGAGCAGUGCUUACAGCCGCCGUAGUCACAGUUACUCAGACAGUUAUAGUGACUAUAGUGAUGAAGAACAUCAUCAUAGAUCAAGAAGACCUUCUUCAGACUCAGACUAUGAGAGGCGUGAUAGUGGGCGGUCUCACAGACGGCACUAUUCCUCAUCUUCCUCUGAGGAGGACUCUCGUUCACGAUCACGCUCACACAGCCGCAGAAAACAUAGGCGGAGACACCAACGGAGUAGUAGUCGCAGCUCUAGUCGCAGUAGUAGGAGCAGCAGCGCUCGCCCCUAUAGACGUAGCACUUAUAGUCACAGCCGUAGCUCUGCUAGUCGUUCAUCUAGCUCCACUAAGGGUUCUCCACAUCGACAUGGUCACAGCCGGCGAUCUGACAGCUCCACGCGACGACGUGAUUUCAACAGGUCGCGCAUUUACUGUUCCCAGUCUCCAAGGUCCUCCUCUUCCCGCACACAGGCACGAAAGAGCAACUCUUCAUCAGCACAAGGAACUAGAUGUAGUGGUGGAACUGCCUCAAAGGAAGGUGGAGGUGCUGCAGAACAUCGAAAUUCAUUCACAGCUCGGCAGCUACUGGAGAAAAUCCAGUCUCGAAAAGGAGGGGAUGAGUCUGGAACUGGCACCAAGCCAGGCAUCAAGAUCAAGGACCCUCCACAAGGAUACUUUGGACCCAAGCUCCCCCCUGCCCUUGGAAACAAAAGUAUUUUGCCCCUUUUUGGUAAACUCCAGGCAGGAAAGAAACCAUCAUUAUUUUCUCUUACACGUUUGAAUGAGAGUGAAAAGUCAGAGCAGGGGAAAAAUUCUGAUAGUAGUGAAGUUAUCUUGGUAGAACCCAUUCGUGAGUUUCCUCCUCCUCCACCCCAGCCACCAGUCCAACAACAAAAGCAGCAGCAACAACAAAAGCAACAGUUAGAGGAGGCCGUACCAAAUGCUGUAGUGUCAGAGGAGACCAGACAUCCAGUCUCAGACACACAGGCCCUUCAGGAGUCUCAGCCACAAUAUGAGCACGAUCCAGCUAUGAUGAUCCCACAAUACCAAGGUGAGGUAAGGCAAGACCCCAGUAAUCCCAUUUUGGAUGGACAUCUAAUGGGGCCUGAUAUGGGAACGCAGGCUGCUAUGCACACCUACGCUGGUUACUCCGCACCCACAAUGGAGGAUGGGGAAAUGGGCAUAGAAGCUGAAGAAGAUGGACUUGCACCUUUAGAAAGUCAACCAAUUACCUUUACUCCAGAGGAAAUGGAAAAAUACAGCAAGUUGCAACAAGCAGCUCAACAGCACAUUCAACAGCAGCUGUUAGCCAAGCAGGUGAAGAACUUCCCUUCAGCCGCAGCUGUUGCAGCAGCAGCUAAUUUGGCAGCAGCGGCUAACCUUGCCCAUGUACCGCCGCCUCCACCAGCUGCAUUGCAGCCUAUACACAUCCAUCAACCCACAGUUUCUGCAGCUUCUGCUACCUCCAUUACCACAAUGCAGCAUGCCAUCCUGCAGCAUCAUGCUGCUGCAGCCAUGGGUAUUCAUCCCCAUACCCAGCACCAUCAUCACCCUGCACAUGCCCAACUAGCCCAGGUGCAUCACAUCCCUCAACAUCAUCUAACCCCUAUUUCCUUGUCACCAUUGGGACAUUCCUUAGGCCACUCAUUGGGUCACUCUUUAGGACACACAGGAUUGAUUCCAGCUCACCACACUGCCUUUUUGUCAGGCCAACCAAUACAUAUUAUACCAGCCUCUGCGCUCCAUCACACCCCUCUUUCUCUACACCAUAUCCCCCAUGCUGCCCUUUACCCCACUCUCUUUGCCCAUCGGCCAGCCACUGCAGCAGCAGCAGCAGCAGCUGCCCUGCAGCUACACCCACUUCUUCAUCCUAUCUUCUCAGGGCAGGACCUGCAACACCCUCCAAACCAUGGCUCCUGAAAAUGAUAUCCCGCUCCUCUCAUGAAGAGGACCAGGCCCAGAAGUGUGAAAAGUUGAGUUUAGUUUGGGUGGCAUGCUAUGACUACCCACAAUCCUCUGUCCUCUAUGUACUCUGCUACCAUAAGGGCAUCUCAUCAGGACAAGUUUAUGGGUAUAUUUAAAAAAAAAAAAUAAAAGUAAGAUUUUCUUGGCUACCUUUUGAGAUUGUAAUGUGAUGAAAAUCAUGUGAAAUCAGGACCAGGAUAUUGGUCGGCAGUUAGUGGUAUAUCAUAUGUAUAUUCCGUCAAGGAGUAAAGAAAAUGUGCAAGGGUUUAUUUAUAGGCCAAGGACAUGGAUUUCAGAACUAGAUAAAGGACAAGAAACCACUGGCAUAUCUUUAGUCUUCUAUGGUAUGUCAUACAUUUUUGUUCAUUGUCUGAAGUGUUUCUUAUAUCCACAGGCUGAUUUUAGGCCUUAAGUGUGGCUUGAUAGGGUUGACAAGGGCAGUCUUAGAGGGUCAUUGGGAGAUUGUUUUUCUGUGUAUUAAGCAUUCUUGACUAAAUGAAUUAACUCGUAUGAAUAUGUGAAGAUAUAAUUGUGCCUGAUUCUCAAAAAACAGGCUGUGAUGAAUUUGACGAUGGGCCCACUACAAGUUUACCAUAAUAUUUGGUCAUUUUUUCAGCUCAUACUAAUUCUUAUAAAAGUACCAUACUUCUAUCAAAGGGUGUAAGAAAACAUGAACAACUUAUUUUUUGUGGUUGGUUGCAAAUCAAUAUUAAUGAUCUGAAAAUAGUGAAUGGAACAUGGACAUCACAAAUGUUGAUGUCACAAGUUUUUAUAUUGUCACAGGCUGUUGGAACUGCAUACCAGGUUACACUUUGGGAUUUGAGGGUUCCCAUCCCUUGUUAAUAAAAUUGUGAAAUAUUGCACUGAAAAUUUUACAUUGAGAUGCUGUUUUUUGCAUCUUGUAACAACUGUAUGAUUGUGUUCUGCAAUAAUUUUAUUUUCUAUUUUAUUUUAAAUUAUUUUGUUUCUUUUUUGGAAAAUGUUUUUGUUGUCUUUCUGUACAGUUAGUUCAAUGUAAAUAAACUUGUAAAAAGAUAAUGUAAAAUAAAGGUUUGUAACACCUGCUUAAAAAUGCUAAUAAAAAGAAUAAUGAAAAAAAAAGGAUAUGUAAACAUGAUCAGGGCUGGUACAACAGAGGUCAGGGGAGUAUUUGGAAAGUGGAGGGACAGAAGAAUAUUGUACAAGUUUUGGUGACUGUAAUUGUACUGUAAAUUGCAGCAAUGACAUUAGCUUUUUUUCUUUUAAGUCCUCGAUGCAUCAGCAAAUAAAAAUUUGACUUGUAAUCACUUAAUGUACAAGUAUGAUACUUUUAAUACCUAGAUAAAUCUAUGACAUAAAACUUAUUUAACCUGUAAUGUUAAAAAAAUACUUGGACAUUAAAAUAAAAUGCUUUGCACUUUC